CGACAGCAGGGAUGGUUCUUCUGGCUCCACGCCACCACCACCACCAUCGCCUCCUCCUCGGGUCCUCCCUUCCCCUCGUCAUCCCCCUCCUGUGCCCUCCUCCUCUCCCCGAUCAUCCCUGACUCCUCCUACUUCCCAGCUAGGAAGACUGAAUUUUGCAGGAGCGGUGAUGGAUGUCAGUAAAUGGCCCCUGUUCUACCUGCUGAGUGCUCAGGAACUAGCUACAGUGCGACAGGCCUGUGUCUUUGGCACCACUGCCAAUGAAGCAAUCUAUAUCACCCAUGGAAAUGAGGUAUUUGUGUUGGGGUUAAACUGCAGUAGCUGCCUUGGUACAGGAGACAGUCUGAGCUCUGUUAUGCCGAAGAAACUGGACUUCCUGCGAGGGAAGAAGGUAGCCAGUGUGAGCUAUGGCAGCGGACCUCAUGUCCUAUUGGCUACUGACGAUGGACAUCUGUUUGCAUGGGGUCACAAUGGUUACAGUCAGCUGGGGAAUGGGUCGACCAACCCGGGACUCUCCCCCGUGUUGAUCACCGCUAACCUGCAGAACAAAAAAGUGAAAGAGGUGUCGUGUGGCUCACAUCACUCUAUGGCUCUCACUCUGGAUGGAGAGGUCUUUGCAUGGGGAUAUAAUAACUGUGGCCAGAUUGGUUCAGGCUCCACAGCCAACCAACCCUACCCCAGGAAGGUCACCGGAUGCCUGCAGGGCAAGAAUGCAUCGGGCAUCACAUGUGGGCAAACCUCCUCUAUGGCUCUUGUCGACAAUGGAGAGGUUUACGGCUGGGGCUACAAUGGAAAUGGGCAGUUGGGAAUUGGCAACAAUGGAAAUCAGCUGACACCUUGCCGUGUCGCUGCACUCCAAGGGAUGUGCAUUCAACAGAUUGUAUCGGGCUAUGGACACUGCCUGGCCCUAACCGAUAAAGGGCUGCUAUAUGCCUGGGGAGCAAAUACCUAUGGUCAACUGGGAACUGGCACCAAGAGCAACCACCUCAGCCCUGUGCACAUCAUGGCUGACAAAGAGAGGGUCGUCGAGGUGGCAGCAUGCCAUUCGACACACACGUCGGCAGCCAAGACCCAAAGUGGGCAGGUUUUUAUGUGGGGUCAGUGCCGGGGCCAAUCCAUUGUCCUGCCACACCUCACGCACCUCACCAACACAGACGACGUCUUUGCCUGCUUCGCUACGCCAUCCGUUAUGUGGCGCCUCAUGUCUAUGGAGCAAGAUGACUUCCUGACGGUUGCAGAGGCUCUGAGGAAAGAGUUCGACAGUCCAGAAACGGCUGACCUCAAGUUCAGUGUUGAUGGCAAAUACAUCCACGUUCACAAAGCCGUGCUGAAGAUCAGGUGCGAGCAUUUCCGUUCAAUGUUUCGCUCCCAGUGGACGGAGGAUCAGCAGGAAGUGAUAGAGAUUGGCCAGUUCUCGUAUCCCGUCUACAGGUCCUUCCUGCAGUUUCUUUACACAGACACUGUUGACCUUUCGCCUGAGGAUGCCAUUGGCCUGUUGGACCUGGCCACCUCUUAUUGUGAAAACCGCCUGAAACGCCUGUGUCAGCAGAUCAUCAAGAGAGGAAUCACUGUGGAAAACGCCUUCACCCUGCUGUCUGCUGCCAUACGAUACGACGCAGAGGACCUGGAAGAGUUUUGUUUCAGGUUUUGCAUAAACCACCUGACUCGGGUAACUCAGACCGAAGCCUUCUGGCAGGUAGACGGAGCAAUGCUGAAGGAGUUUAUCAGCAAAGCGAGCCGCUGUGGAGCCUUCAAGAACUGAGUGGUGCUUUUAGGCUCCUGCGACCUAAAAAAGAAAGAAAAAAACCAACUAAUGACCAAGUGGAUUUGGUCACGCUGCGUGUGCAGCAGCAGAAUGCAACACCACAGUUUUCACAUUCCUGUUGAUCCCAUCCACGACAAAAGAGGAGGCCCUUUCUUGAAAUACUUAUUUAUAUAUACUUUAAAGAAGCACUUAAACAACAUUAUUCACAAGAUGCUUAAACUGGAUUUUAAGCUGCGUUAUCUGUGGAUCUAAAAUGAGCACUUUGGCCAAACCCAUGGCGCCUUUUCUGUGGAAGUUCUUUACAUAUGUUACGUAUACUUGAAUUUUUUUUAUUUUUUCUCAGCAGCGUUUGCUUUGUUCAUUUACUUUCUGGAAAAGUUCAUGUGAGGGACCAAAGAUCUGGAAGGAAUAAACUACUGACCUAAUCUAAAGAGAUGAACACUGUAAUGUAAACAUGUUUCACACACUCAGCAGUAGAGCCCAAUUUAUUGGUGAAUUGAUUGCAUUGGUUAAUUGCCAGUCUGUUAGUGUUUGCGUUCAUACAGGAAAACUUAAGAAAGUAACGAGGAGAUGGGAGAAAGACCCUUCUACCAUGUUAUGAUUGCUGACAUUGCAUAGUUUGUCCACCAGCUGACACAGGGUAAGUUUGGCAUUACCUGUUGGAGCACCUAAAGCUGAUCUGAGCAGAGUAAAUAACGUAGCAAUUUAGGGAAAUUGAUUUGUUGAGUUUCUCUGAAAUGAAAAAAAAAAAAAAUAUUGACCAAUAUAUCAGACUGUAAGAUUUUUGAAUCACCAAAUAUCUGUAUCAGCCUUAGAUAUCUUAUAUAAGUCAGGCUCUAAUUUGGUAUUCAGCAGCUCUUUGUAUUUAACUCAAAGCAACUGAUUGAUAAAGACAGACUCAUACAUAUACAUGACAUACACAGCUGAUGCAGAGCCUUCUGUGGUUUGUUAUGAGUUGCUUGCUUGGUAAAUGUCCUUUGUACAUUUUGGGAAGUUAAGACCUGUUAUACUAGGUGUGUUCAUUCUGCCUCACAUUUCCUCUGCAGCACUACAGUAAUCUCUUUAUAUUCCGUAAUACUAAGAGGUUGAUUUUUUAAGCUUAUUCAAAAAUCUAUGGAAUAUAUAGACUGAGAAAGUUGCGCUUUUCAGUUAAGAAAAAUAACCGUCUUUGGUAAAAUUACGACAUUAGCUCCUUUUUUUCUUCCAUUGCAAGUAAAAUGUGUUGUAUCUAAGGCAUGUUGUACUGUGGAAACUUGCUCAGGUUUCCGCAUUAUUAGCAUUUUCAUCAUUACAGAUUGGUUUCUGUGUUCGGGCAAAUUAAAAAUAAAUCUACAAAAGUACUUAAGAGGAAUUCAUCUUAGUUUCUGUAGGUUUUUCUAUAUAUGGAGCAGAAAUUGCACUAAACAAAGCUACAGGAUACAUUGCAUAUUAAAGAAAGAGGAAUGCUUUGAAGCACUUUUUUUCAUUCUUUCACUUUGUCGUCUGAUGACCAAAAACUAGCCUUUAGGACAACAUGUCAACCAUGCCGUCUCCCAGUAAAGCCAAUGUGAGAUCAGUUUCUAUUUCCUUGAUGUACUCAGAUGCUUGAGGAGGAGUUUCUGUUCGCUCCAACUAAAGCAGAACUGCUAUUUAUUAUUAAGCACAGCUUCAGUUCAGGCUGGAAAGUAAUUUAGGAUGCUUUGAGAGCUUCUGUGGAAAUCAUUGUUUUCGGGAAAUGAGGUCUAGGUUUACAGUUUCUGCUUGUCUUGUUUUUUAUGAGCUGUUCCUUCAUUUUUAUUUUUUUUUUUAUGAAGUAAUUUAAACUGGAAGAGUAAAACUGAUUUGCAUAUUGUAUUCACACACACACACACACACACACACACACAC